AUGAGCCAUGAGCCGAAGUCACCGUCCCUAGGAAUGCUCUCCACCGCCACCCGCACCACCGCCACCGUCAGCCCCCUCACCCCCUCGCCACUCAAUGGCUCCAUCGUCCCCAAUGGCAGCCCGGCAGCCAGCAGCACUUUGUCCGUCCAGGCAGCACCUUCCUCCAGCUUUGCCGCCGCUCUCCGCAAGCUCGCCAAGCAAGCCGAGGAGCCCAGAGGGUCCUCGAUAAGCAGCGAGUCGUCCCCGGUCUCCUCGCCAGCCACCAACCACAGCUCCCCCGCCAGCACGCCCAAGCGCGGCCCCAUGGGCCCCAUCAUCGUGCCCCCGGGGGGGCACAGCGUGCCCAGCACGCCGCCCGUCGUCACCAUCGCCCCCACGAAGACGGUCAACGGGGUCUGGAGGAGCGAGGGCAGACAGCAAGAAGCAGGGUCACGAGGCAGCAGCAGCAGCAGUGGCCGUGAGCGCCUCAUCUCCGAGCCCCCCCUCGUGCAGGAGAAAGCGGGGGGCCCUGCUGUCCCCUCCCACCUCCUGGGGACACCCUACUCCUUCGGGCUGCCCCCCAGCUCCGUGGUCCAGGACUCCCGCUUCCCGCCUCUCAACCUGCAGCGGCCGGUUCACCACGUGGUGCCUCCCAGCGCCGUCACCGAGGAUUACCUGCGCAGCUUCCGUCCCUACCACACCGCCGAGGACCUCCGCAUGUCCUCCCUGCCGCCCCUCAGCCUGGAUCCAGCCGCCGCUGCUUACUACCACCCCAGCUACCUGACACAUCACCCCUUCCCGCACCCUGCCUUCAGGAUGGACGAGUCAUACUGCCUGUCAGCGCUGCGGUCCCCCUUCUACCCGCUGCCAGCCCCAGGCUCGCUGCCGCCCCUGCACCCCUCGGCCAUGCACCUGCACCUCUCGGGGGUACGGUACCCCCCUGAGCUCUCGCACUCCUCCCUCUCCGCCCUGCAGUCUGAGCGCAUCUCCAGCCUCGCCGCCGAGAGGCUGCAAAUGGACGAGGAGCUGCGGCAGAGGGAGCGGGAGCGGGAACGGGAGCGGGAGAAGGAGCGGGAGCGAGAAGCCGACCGGGAGCGGGAGAAGGAGCGCGAACGGGAGCGGGAACGAGAGAAAGAGCUGGAGCGGGAGCGGGAGAAAGAACGGGAACGGGAGCUGGAGAGGCAGCGGGAACGCGCCCGGGAGAAGGAGCUGAGCAUGGUGAAAGCCAUGGAGGGGCCCUUCCUUCCCGUGGCCGAGCUGCACGGGCUGCGGGGACACCCAGCCGAGGAGCGGGGCAAACCGGCGGAGCCACUGGCGCCCGGCAGACCAGAGAAACUCAAGGACUCAGUGCUGCCGACGCCAAAGCCCAUCCAGCACCCGCUGCACCCGCCGCCGGCCACCCACCACCCUGUGCCCAGCCUCAUCCCCAACCACAACGUGUUCCCGCUGCCGGGGAGCAGCGCGGCCACGGCGCUGCUCAUCCACCGCACCAAUGAGGAGGAGAAGUGGCUGGCCCGGCAACGCCGGCUGCGCCAGGAGAAGGAAGAUCGGCAAUCCCAAGUCUCAGAGUUUCGGCAACAAGUGCUGGAGCAGCACCUUGACAUGGGGCGCACCCCGAGCCAGCCCGAGCCCGAGCAUCGGCCUGAGCACCCCAGGUCAGGAUCGAGCCGCCACGAGCCGAGCGGCCGGGAGCCAGCGCAGCACUUCGGCGGGCCCCCACCGCUCAUCUCCCCCAAGCCCCAGCACCACCCCGUCACCACGUCCCUCUGGAACCCCUCUCAUGCCAGCCUCUCUCCAUCCCCAGGUUACUACUAUGACCUGGACGACUCCUGCGAUGACAGCGAUGAGGAGGAGGUGCGGGCCCAUCUCCGCUGCGUGGCCGAGCAGCCCCCGCUGAAGCUGGACACGUCCUCCGAGAAGCUGGAGUUCCUGCAGCUCUUCGGCCUCACCACGCAGCAGCAGAAGGAGGAAUUGCUGAGCCAGAAGCGGCGCAAGCGCCGGCGGAUGCUGCGGGAGAGGAGCCCCUCGCCGCCGACGGUGCAGAACAAGCGCCGCACGCCCUCCCCGCGCCUCCCGCUCUCCACCCGCUACAGCCCCGACGAGAUGAACAACAGCCCCAACUUCGAGGAGAAGAAGCGCUUCCUCACCAUCUUCAACCUCACGCACAUCAGCGCCGAGAAGAGGAAAGACAAGGAGAAGCUGGUGGAGAUGCUCCAGGCCAUGAAGCAGAAGACCACGCCGGCUGCCGUGGUGGUGAAGAGCUCCCCGCGGGACAGCCCCAGCGGCCUCGCCACCGAGCUGCCGGUGCCACCGCUCCUGCUGGAUCUGGAUAAACCUGUGGGCAUCGCCGUCUCCAUGCCAGAGGCGCAGAAGACGGCGGAACCCGGCAGGUUAGACCAGCUGAGACCCCAGGAGCUACCGAGGGCUAAGGAUUCGGCCACCGCGCCGGCGGAGAAGCCCCGGCUGAGUGACGGGCACCCCGGGAAGAAGGCGCUGAGCAUCCUCAGCUACGUCAGGGGUCCCCUGCCCAAGGACAUCCCGGUGCCGCUGUCCCACAGCAUGAACGGCAAGAGCAAGCCCUGGGAGCCCUUCAUCGCCGAGGAGUUUGCCCACCAGUUCCACGAGUCGGUACUGCAGUCCACCCAGAAGGCGUUGCAGAAGCACAAAGGUAACGGCAGACGCGGGAAGCUGGCUGGCUUCAGGGAGGGCAGCGCUGGGGCGGGGGACGCGGGGAGCGGGUGGCCAAGGCCCACCCCCCCCAUCCACUACAACAUCCCCGAGCUGCAGGCGUCCAGCCGCCUGGCCGCCCCCCCGCACAACGGCACGGCCGAGGGGCCGCUGCCCCACCGGCCACUGCCCCCGCUGCCCCGCGACUCGGCCUCCGAGGAAGAGGAGGAGGAGGAGGAGGAGGAAGAGGAGGAAGAGUACCCCAGGCCCAAGUGGCAAGGGAUCGAGGCAAUUUUUGAAGCUUACCAGGAACAUAUAGAAGAACAAAACCUGGAGCGCCAAGUGCUGCAGACCCAGUGCCGGCGGCUGGAGGCCCAGCACUACAGCCUGAGCUUGACGGCAGAGCAGCUUUCGCACAGCAUGGCGGAAUUAAGGACCCAGAAGCAGAAGAUGGUCUCGGAGCGCGAGCGCCUGCAAGCCGAGCUGGAUCACCUGCGGAAGUGCCUUGCCUUGCCUGCAAUGCAGUGGUCUAGGGGUUAUUUCAAGGGGUAUCCCAGGUGACGCUCCUUGGGCUAGGCCGAACAUAUAGUCUAGAAAUAAUAAUCUAUUUUAUUACCUUGAAUAUUUAAUAUUUUUCACUGGGAGGUUUGAAGCUAAAAAAAUAAAAUUAAAAAAAAAAAUAAAAAUAA